GGGUUCUUGCAUUGAAUUGGAGACUCUCAGUCACCAUGAGGUGCCGGGGUGAUAGCUUCACCAGGUCGCAGUCAUAACCCUCCCGCAUUAACUGAAAUCUAAUAUUUCCGUCCCUCCCACAUUGACUGAAAUUUCAUACUGUACUGUAUUUCCGUCCCUUCCACCGAGCUCGCUGAAUUCGCGACGUUUGACCCGUCAGCUCCUCCCACGGCGACUCGGGCACCUCUCGCUCGAGGAGGAGCCCCGCCAUGAGGUACGGAUCCGCUGGCGACAACUUUCCCCCGUGACGGGACCGACCAGGGAGAGAGCGGCUGGCUGAGUGAGUGAAUCUAGUUGACGCGAAAUGGCUUUUCGUGAGGGAUUGAGGAAUCUGAGGGACCUGACGGUUGCCCGGAUGUUUCUAGCUGUGCUUGUUGCUCUGAUUGUUUCUGAAACUUCUGACUGUGCAAAGCACCCAUGGCACAGUCUGGUAUUGUCUCAGGAGUGGCCUCAGACUGUGUGUUUGAGGAAGGGUGAAGAAUGCAAAGUCCCUCCUGGCAUUAACUAUUGGACUGUUCAUGGACUCUGGCCUAAAAGUAACCAGAUGUGCAAUAAUUCCUGGCAUUUCAACAUUAAAAAUGUACAGGAUAUCUUAUCCGACUUGAAGCAGUGGUGGCCUGAUUUGAUCCAUCCCAAUAGUACUCAGCUCUGGAAACACGAGUGGCAGAAACAUGGAACCUGCGCAGCGACACUGGAGUCCCUGAACUCCCAGAAUAAGUACUUCAGUAAGGCCCUGGAACUGUUCAAAACUCUGGACCUGAACAGUGUACUUGAGAAGUCUAAUAUAUUGCCAUCGUCCAAGUAUUAUACGAUGGAGGUCAUAGAAGAUGCCCUUGUGAGGAUGUAUGGGGUAACACCAAAGAUUCAGUGCAUGUUUCCAUCCCAGGGAGUGUCAGUCCAAACACUGGGCCAGAUUGAAUUCUGUUUCACCAAAGAAUUUCAGUUGCUGAAUUGUACAAAGGCUGCACCCAGUCCACUUGUCUCCGAGGAGGAACAACAGAAUACGUAUUCACAAUUUGGUAUAUGUGACCCUAACACGCAAAUCAGUUAUCCUCCUAUAGAACACUUGCAUUGAAUGUAUGUAGGAAAAUGCCAAGUUUAGUGCCAGUAAUGUGCGUCUGGUCACUGGAGGAAAUACUACAGUGUAUUUAAUAUACUACUAAGUAUAUUAAAGUUUGGCACAGCUCUUAGCUUGACUACACUGUCAAAUUUUAACUAGUUGGUCAGUGUCUUCAAAUAAAAGCAUUCAGCAUUUAAUACUGUUUUCAAAGAUUUUAAGAGAUUGUAGCUUAAUGUUAAUACUGCCAACAUAGCUUUUCACCCAUGUUUGCUUUAUUGUCUAGCUGGUUUAUUACACAAGUUCUAGUUUAUUUUGUCAUGACUUUUGUUGUUUUGGACAUGAUGUGUUGAAUCAUUUGGAUGACACCAUGUGUUGUUGAAACACUAGUAAGGUCACAACCAGGUCUAUGUACCUAAUUCUGCUCACAGUAUUUUAGGUGGGGAAUGAAGUGCUGGUGAUGUGGUAAAAGGGGAAUUACUAGACUGGUUUCAUGGAAGAGUGACAAUGGAAAAUUGAAGUAGAUUUACACAUUAUUGGAGGUAUACUGAGUAAAUAAGUAAUAACAGUUCCCAUUGCCGAAAGCCAGCAGCAGAGAUUUAAAGUGGAGAACCAAAGAUGGGAGGGAAUGUGAGGAACAACUUGCUUAGUGAGUACUUACUGCCGAGAUAGCUCUGAUUCAUUAGGAGAAAGCUCUUGGUUUAGCUUUUUCACAAUUGGUGGGUUGUGGAGCCUUUGACAGCCAUUGACAGAUGACAGAACUUCCAUUAUAAGGAGAGGUCUCUAACUGUUUGUCAAGUUUUCUUUUGUUUUGGAAGAAAAGAAACAUUAGAUUGCAGAAUGUUUCCUCCUGAUUGUUCAUGCACAAUACUUACUUCAGUCUCUCUGACUGCAUUGACCUCUGAUCAGUGGUGUAGGGUUUUUACUCUUUGAUAUUUGAACUCAAGAUUUACUGCUAUUUAAGAUUUUCCGCUGAAUGAUUAAACCAAUCCCAAAGCCAAGAGGAGGUUGUGAGAAAUGCUGUGUCAGCAAAUGUCACUAACGCAGUUUCUAGCUUUUGAUAAUUCUGAUGCAUUUUUGUUUUUGAAUAACAUUUUAUAAAAUGCUCAAAAAUGUAAAUGAGUAAAUAAUUAAAAAGUUACAAUCAAACUUUAA